AUGGCAAACCCUCCUUCCUCUUCCUCCUUCGACUGGAAAAUGUACCGUUACACGCCCUCGCUCCCCCUCGCUGCGCUCUUCCUCGCUCUGUUCACCAUCUUGACUCUUCUCCAAGUGUGGGCUUAUGUGAGGCACCGCAAGACAAGCAUUGUAUACAUCAUCAUCGGCGGCCUCUGCGAAAUCGCCGGAUUCUCUGCGCGCAUUGGCUCCCACUACGACAACGAAGCAUGGGUACCCUUCAUCAUCCAAGGCACUCUUCUCCUCAUCGGCCCGCUGUUCUUCGCAGCAACCGUCUACAUGAUGCUGGGCCGAAUAAUCAACCUCGCCAACGCAUCAGCUAUCUCAAGAAUAAGUCCGAGAUGGUACACACGAAUCUUCGUGACCGCAGACAUCUCGACGCUGGUUGUGCAGGGACUAGGCGCAAGCCUCAUGGGCACGAUGCAACUCUCCCUCGCCCUGGCAGGGGAAAAGGUCGUCAUCACAGGUCUCGCACUCCAGGUCGCCACCUUUAUCGUCUUCCUGGCCGCCGCGAUCGACUGCAACGUCCGCUUGGCCCGCAUGAAACGCGACUCCGAUUCUGAUGCAACGAACACCUCCAACGACGCGUGGAAGAGCAUCAUCCACACGCUCUACACAAUCAGCGCGCUUGUCUUGUUCCGCUGUGUAUUCCGUCUGAUAGAGUAUACCAUGGGCAAUGCGGCAUACCUGAUCGCGCACGAGUGGACUCUGUACGUGUUUGACGGGGUGCCGAUGUUUGCUGUGCUGGUUUUGUUCUUCGUGUAUCAGCAACGAGCGAUGAAGAGCCCAAAAGGAGAGGGGAGGGUGGUGGAUGAUUUGAGCGACGAGGAAAAGGUGGUUGUGGGCAGUCAGUAG